AUGAAGCCCCUCUAUGCAUUGGCUGCUGUCUUUGCCAGCAUAUGUCCAACUGCUCUUGCAGCAGAUGCCGCUGCCUGGAAAUCUCGAAACAUCUACUUUGUUCUUACCGAUCGUAUCGCUCGCAGCUCCACUGAUAAUGGAGGCGCAUGCUCAGACUUGGGCUCCUACUGCGGCGGGACUUUCAAAGGCUUAGAGUCUAAGCUUGACUACAUCAAAGGCAUGGGCUUUGAUGCCAUCUGGAUCACCCCGGUUGUCUCUAAUACUCCAAAUGGAUACCAUGGGUAUUGGGCCGACGAUUUGUAUGCCAUCAACUCCAAGUAUGGGACAGCUGAAGACUUGAAGAGCCUGGUCAGCUCAGCCCACCAAAAGGGAAUCUAUGUUAUGGUUGAUGUGGUCGCCAACCACAUGGGCCCAAAUAUUGGGGGCCACAAGCCUGAGCCUCUGAACCAGCAAAGCUCGUACCAUUCGGGAUGCGAGAUUAACUACUCCGACCAAACAAGCAUCGAGGUCUGCAGCAUCGCUGGCCUCCCUGAUGUCAAGACGGAGAAUUCCGAGAUCCGCACUCUUUACCAGAAUUGGAUCAAGUGGUUGGUGAAGGAGUACCAGUUCGAUGGUAUCCGGAUUGACACAGUCAAACACGUCGAAAAGGACUUUUGGCCCGGCUUUCAGUCGGCUGCCGGAGUAUACUCGAUCGGAGAGGUUUUUGAUGGGAACCCAGACUAUCUGGCUGGAUAUGCUAGUGUCAUGCCUGGCCUUCUCAACUACGCCAUCUAUUAUCCGAUGAACAGAUUCUACCAGCAGCAAGGAUCGUCUCAGGAUUUGGUCAACAUGCAUGAUGAAAUCAGCGCCAAAUUCCCCGAUCCUACUGUAUUGGGUACUUUUUUGGAUAAUCACGACAAUGCUCGAUGGUUAAACCGAAAGAACGACGUUUCCCUUCUCAAGAACGCUCUGGCCCAUGUCAUUCUCGCCAGAGGUAUCCCCAUUGUCUACUACGGAACCGAACAGGGCUAUGCGGGAGGGAAUGAUCCAGCGAAUCGGGAGGAUCUCUGGCGAAGUGGAUUCAACACCAAUGCUGACUUGUACCAAGCCAUCUCUCGUCUUUCCAAUGCACGAUCAAAGGCCGGAGGUCUUGGCGGGAAUGACCACAAGCAUCUAUUUGUGGAAAACAACGUCUACGCAUGGAGCCGUGCCGGGGGGGACCUCGUUGUUCUCACCACCAAUCGGGGCCAGGGCUGGUCGGAGGAGGGGAAACAAGCAUGCAACUCUACAGGCCUGUCCAACCAGCGGUGGCGGAACUACGAUGAUGGCGGCGAUAUCGGCUGUCAUCCCGAGUCCCUCCCUAUCUUUCAUGGCCAGCAAAAGUCGGAAACCAAUGAUGACGAGAACAUAAAUCCCCUCUCUGACCCUCCGCUGGACUUCUCUUGCUGUUGUUCAGUAUCUCUUCUUUACCUCCCAUCACCUAUCAUAAUGGCUGACACAUCACGACCUGUCCUGAUUCUCGGCGGAGGCUGCUUUGGCCUAGCGACCGCGUACCACCUGGCCCAGACUGGUUACUCAGACCUUACCGUCUUGGAAAAGGACCACGAGGUCCCCAGUCGCUUCUCAGCAGCCAACGAUCUCAACAAGGUGAUCCGAGCCGAGUAUGCCGAUCCCUUCUACACCGAGCUGGCUCUGCAAGCCAUCCGGAGAUGGCAGACUGAUCCAUUGUACAAACCCCACUACCACGAGACGGGCUUCCUCAACGUUGGAUCCAACAACGCGCCCGACCAGACAAAACGAGUUCUCGAGAGUUAUUACGCAUCUGUCAGGGACAAUUCCGCCUUCAACGGCAAGGUGCAGCGCGUGAACGGAAAUGCCGACAUCAAGAAGCUGGUUCCCGCAUUCCAUCAUGUGCAGCGCUGGGCUGGCUACUUCAACAAGCUGGCGGGGUACGGUCACUCUGCCAACGCUUUGAGUGCUGUGUAUGCAGAGUGUGUCAAGUUGGGCGUCAAGUUCCAGCUUGGCAGCCAGAAGGGAGAGGUUGAGUCCCUGCUCUACGCAUCGAGCCGAAACGGCACCAAAUGUGUUGGAGCAAAGACCCGAGAAGGCCGAAUCUAUCUUGCCGACAAGACUAUCGUGGCUUUGGGCGCCGAUGCCUCCAACAUUAUUCCCCGCAUGGGCAAGCAAAUGACAGGUCGCUGCUGGGGUGUCGCACACAUUCAGCUGAGUCCUGAAGAGGCCGACGAGUUGAGAGGCAUUCCCGUCACCAACGUGCGGGAUCUUGCCUUCUUCUUCGAGCCUGACAAGGCCACCAACAAGCUCAAGUUCUGCCACAUGGGAGGUGCUUACACCAACUACGCUUGGUCUCAGGAUGGUCUCUCAAUUCCUUACUCCGAGCUCUCCGAGUCACAAUUCAUCCCUGAAGAGGAUGAGGUGCAUAUCCGAAAACUCCUAAGAGAGGUAUUCCCACAGCUCGCGGAUCGCCCGUUGAUUGACAAACAUCUAUGCUGGUUUGCCGACACGGAUGACUCGGAUUACAUCAUUGACUUUGUGCCUGGAACAGACUCUUCACUAGUUGUCCUCUCCGGUGACUCGGGUCAUGGUUUCAAGAUGCUUCCUAUUUUCGGACAAUGGGUACAGAAGUUGUUGGUUGAUGAGAAGCAGUCAGAGCCCAAGUGGCAGUGGAAGACGUCAAAGCCCAAGAAGACGGCCGCUUGGCGUAGUAGUGGUAGUCAGGAGCUUGCAAGCGUAGCUCGCGCCAAGUUGUAA